UAAACCUCUACGAAGCCUGUGUAGAUUCUUCACUGACGGCUGCGAUCGAUAAGACCCCAACAGGGUGCAGUUUUAAAGAGGACAGUGGCAUUUUACAAGAGACGCCGACAUAACCUGUGAUACACAAUAAGAGCUCAUGUAGUGCUGUUCCAGAUGUCGGGAUCAGUGGAAGAGAAGCCCGUUGACUUCCUGACUUGUCGAGUGUGCAAUACUGUAUACAAAGACCCGUGUACACUGAGGUGUGAUCACACAUUCUGCAGGAAAUGUGUCACCUCAUACAUCCAAACCAGACCAGAUGCUGUACAGGCCAAGACCAUCCCUUGUCCCUGCUGUCGACAAGACACCGAGGUCCCCCACCCCAGCAGGCCGGUGGGGGAGUGGGCGGGGCAGAUCAAACCCAGCAUCAUUAUACAGCGGUUGACAGACAUACACGACACUGAGCAUAUGAGAACAGAUACGACUGAGACACAACACUGCUAUGUGUGUUGGGAACUAGGGGAGACAACUCUUGCAGCUCUGUGGUGCCCUGACUGUGAAGUGCCGCUCUGUGACAGAUGCGUACGGACACAUCGUGCAACCCCUGCUUCUCGUGAGCACCAGCUUACCGAUUUUUCUAGGAAGCCCAGGCGGAAAAGGAACCGGAAUUUGUUGUGCACAGAGCACACGGAUGAGCAAGUAAAAUUUCUAUGCAUGGAUUGUAGAAAACUGAUCUGUCAGUCGUGCAGUGUUCUUCACCAUCGGAAAUGCGAGGCUGUUGUCACGAUCAAAUCACAGCUUCCGCUGCUGAAGUCUGGGUUAGUCAUGAAAAGGAAGAUCAUUCAAAACGCUCUUCAGAACAAAAGGACUAAGAAAUCAAAUCAUGAAUUAAAAAUGAAACGAUUGGCAGAGACGAAUCGGUUCAUAUGUGGAAAUAUUCGGGCGACUACGGAAGCAAUUGUUGAAAACAUUAAACUCAAGGAACAACAGCUGUUAGAUGAACUGGAUGCCAUAACGAGAAAUAUCUCCAGUGACACUCGUGCAUUUUUGGAACUCGAAGAGAUUGAGAUGCAGGUGUACAGACAACAUUGUGAAUUCAUCGACCACGCCUUGGUAUCGGACUGUGAGAUGGACCUGUAUGACGCGUAUCAGGCCUGGGAGUCUGGAGCUAAAGACUCAGGUGAGUGUUCUUACAAGGAGGACACAAGGAAAAUGGAUGACAUCAGGUUUACACCAAACCUUGACAACGUCCAGAACAUCCUAGAUGACCUUCAGCUGGGAAAGAUUGAUGUAACGUAUGAAGAGGAGCAGAAAGCACCUUCUCAUUGUUUGUUAUAUGACGCGAUGGACGGACGGACAGACGCUAAUGAACCGGAACCGUACCUACGUGACAAUACUGUUCUUGUCGUCAACGACACGGAGACAGUUGUAGUCACCGACUGGAAUGAGCAGAGCGUGAAAUCUUUCUACACAAGAAAGGAUAAUUUAUGCCACAGCAAAAUAUCCCUCCACAACUCUCCAUUUGCAGUGGCCCAUUUCAAGGAAGACCAGGUUAUUGUCACGAUACCAAGAUCUCGUCAGAUGGUAACAGUUCAAGUAACCCCUGAUCUACAUCUGCUUUCAACUAUCCACAGCACGAAGGGGUACUACAGCGUUGCUGUCCUGAAUCCCUCGUCCUUAGUUGCGGGCGCCAUUAACUGUGUGGACAUCUUAGAUAUGAAGGGCAACGCUUUAAGGUCUAUCACCGGGCCUGGGGGUGAGUUACCCUUCACCUACCCGUACUACAUCAACGUAACCAGCAAGGGUAACAUACUCGUGUCUGACUGUUGGAAGGGUGUAGCAAAAUGUCUGACGUCAGAGGGUGAUGUUGUGUGGACAUACGCUCCAGGGGACGACAAGGCAAUCAGCGAUCCUUGUGGAGUCGUGGCGACCCGCACAGGAUAUGUUCUUCUUGCAGACAGGCGUUUGAACAAGGUCGUGCAGCUGACAGAGAAGGGGAGGUUUGUCCGAGAUGUAAUUACAACACGGGAUGAUGUCAAGUCACCAUUGGGGCUCUCUGUGGACAGACAUGGGUCCUUAUGUGUGUGUGAUAAAGACGGCAUCAAACGAUAUAUUCUGAUGUUAUGAUACUGAUACACGUACCUGGAACUCACAUGGAUAUGUCGUAUCUUCGACGUGAUGAUCACGACUUCACUAGGACUGCAAGGUAUUACCGGUAUACCGCCAUAAGUUUCAAACAAUACGUAUAAUUGUAAUGCUUUUUCUGAGAACCGAUCUAUAGGGUAAAGAACAUGUAUGAACUUUUUGUGAUUAUAUUAUGGUUUAAAUUAUAAUAUACACAGACUUUCAUUCACAACAAAUGUUUUACUUCGUUAUUCGAUGACAAAACGACUUACUGUAAAACUAUUAAAAAACUAUAAAUUUAGAAAAUAG